AUGUCUUUGGAUUGUUCUAGUGCCACUGCUCACUUGCAAAAGUAUGCUAAGAAGGAUGGUUUGUCAGCUAAAGAAUUAGUUGACUCUACCAACUUUGGUGGGUUAACUUAUAAUGAUUUUUUGGUUUUGCCAGGUUUGAUUGACUUCCCCUCCAGUUGUGUCAGUUUGGAUACCAAAUUAACCAAGAAGAUCACUUUGAAGUCUCCAUUUGUUUCUUCUCCUAUGGAUACAGUUACUGAAGCUAACAUGGCUAUUCACAUGGCUUUGUUGGGUGGUAUUGGUAUUAUCCAUCACAAUUGUUCUGCUGAAGAACAAGCUGAAAUGGUGAAGAAGGUUAAGAAAUACGAAAAUGGUUUCAUCAAUGAUCCAAUUGUUGUCUCUCCUGAAGUCACCGUAGCUGAUGUUAAGGCUAUGAGUGCUCAAUAUGGUUUCACUUCUUUCCCCGUUACUGAAAACGGUAAGCUUGGUGGUAAGUUGGUAGGUAUUGUCACUUCAAGAGAUAUCCAAUUCCAUGAAGACAAUACCUCCAAGGUUUCUGAAGUUAUGACCAAGGAGUUGAUUGUUGGUGCCAAGGGCACUAGCUUGGACGAAGGUAACAAGUUGUUGAGAUCUUCCAAAAAGGGUAAGUUGCCAAUUGUUGAUAGCAACGGUAACUUGGUUUCUUUGAUCUCAUUAACUGAUUUACAAAAGAACCAAACUUAUCCAUUGGCUUCAAAGUCUUUUGACUCAAAGCAAUUGCUUUGUGGUGCUGCCAUCGGUACUAUUGAAGCUGAUAGAGAAAGAUUAACCAAAUUAGUUGAGGCUGGUUUGGAUGUUGUUGUUUUAGACUCUUCAAAUGGUUCAUCUAUUUUCCAAUUGGAAAUGAUCAAGUGGAUUAAGGCCAACUAUCCUGAACUUCAAGUCAUUGCUGGUAACGUUGUUACCAGAGAGCAAGCUGCCUUGUUGAUUGAAGCUGGUGCUGAUGGUUUGAGAAUUGGUAUGGGUUCUGGUUCUAUUUGUAUUACUCAAGAAGUUAUGGCUUGUGGUAGACCACAAGGUACUGCUGUGUACAAUGUUACUGAAUUUGCUAACCAAUUUGGUGUUCCAUGUAUUGCUGAUGGUGGUAUUGGUAACAUUGGUCACAUCACCAAGGCUUUGGCUUUAGGUGCCUCAUGUGUUAUGAUGGGUGGUUUAUUAGCUGGUACCGCCGAAACUCCUGGUGAAUACUUUUACAGAGAUGGUAAGAGAUUGAAGACUUACAGAGGUAUGGGAUCCAUUGAUGCUAUGCAAAAGACUGAUACCAAUGCCAAUGCUUCUACUUCCAGAUACUUUUCUGAAUCUGAUAAGGUUUUGGUAGCUCAAGGUGUUUCUGGUUCUGUUGUUGAUAAAGGUUCUAUCACCAAGUUCGUUCCUUAUUUGUACAAUGGUUUACAACAUUCUUUACAAGAUAUCGGAGUUCAAUCAUUGGAGCAAUUGAGAGCCAACACCGAUGACGGAAAAGUCAGAUUUGAGUUCAGAACUGCUUCUGCCCAAUUUGAAGGUGGUGUUCAUGGCUUACACAGUUAUGAAAAGAGAUUACACAAUUAA